UGUUGCCAGUGGGAGGAGAGAAUGUGAUAUUAGUUCAGGGAAAAGAGACUUUGAGCAGGAUUCAGGAAUUCUGGGUUCUAGGGUUGUCUCUGACAUUGUCACCUUGUACAGGAUACUUCCUCUCUCUAGGCAUCUGUUCCCUCAUCUGUAAAAUAAGAGAAUUAGACUAGAUUUUUCCCUAAGAGCCCUUAAGGUUCCUAUAUUCCAUGUUCUAUGUUUCUAAGCUCCCUCUCAGCUCUGACAUACUCCAUUCUAAGGUCCUUCCAACUAUGACAUUCUCUGCUCUAAGGUCUCAUCUAGGUCUGAUUAUUCUGUGUUCUCAUGGCUCUUCCAGCUCCAACAGUCUCCAUUCUAAGGUCUCUCAGUUCUGACAUUCAUUUAUUCUGUGUUCUAAGGUACCUCCUAACUCCAGUAUUCUAGGUUCUAAGGGAGGGGUGGGGCCCAGCUUAACCUUCUAUGUAUUAUAGCCCCUCUCAAAUCCAACAAUCUACAUUCCAAAGCUCCUAGCUCCAAUAUUCUGUGUCCUAAGGCCCCUCCCAGCUCCAUUACAUGGCAUUUUUCCAGUUCAGUGAACACUUCCUCAAGGAUUUUCAAACAAGAGAAGAGAAGGGUCUGGAGGUGCAUUUGAAGCAGGAGUCCCUGAAACGCUUUUCUUUAGCAGCAAGGUCUUCUCUCAAUCACAGUCAACCUAGGACUGUCCUAGGGGAAUGCGUAGGCUCAGGCUCACCUCUCUUCUUUCCACUUCUAUCACAUCUACCAGGAGGGCCUCUGGGAGAAACUGGGGUAUCAGUUGACAUCACUCACUGUAACUGAGGUCAUCAAAGCAGCCGGCUCAUAGUGGUGACAUGGGCCUGGUCCUGCUCUGCCAAGCUGGCCCAGAACUGGUAAACAAGCCCUUGGGAGAGGAAAUGAGACUGGAGACCAUAUUGUCAUGGUGAAUGGGGUUUCCAUGGAGAAUGUAUCUUCGACCUUUGCCAUACAGACCCUCAAGGCUUGCACCAAAUUUGCCAAUAUUACUGUAAAAAGACCUCGAAAAAUUCAGCUGCCUACCACCAAGACCAGCUAUCCCACUUCAAGCCUAGGCCCCAAUCCACAGAACCAGGGGCCACCACGGGGCCACCAGGACCAGGAGGAAUUGGACCAUAAUCGGGGCUAUGACGGAGACUCAUCCAGUGAGCGCAGCUCAGGCCACAGCUGGACUGAGCGUUCCCGGAGACGGAGUCGAGCUGGCAGCCGCAGAGGUCACAGUCGGGAGAGCAGGUUGGAUCAGCCAGACAGAUCCAAUGGACUGGCCCUGGUGUCUGGCUUCAAGAGACUACCCAGACAUGAUGUGUUGAUGAAGCCAGUGGAGUCAGUGUUGGUGAAAAAGAAAGAGAGCGAGGAAUUUGGCGUGAAGCUUGGCAGUCAGAUUUUCAUCAAGCACAUUACAGACUCAAGCCUCGCCUCCAAGAACAGGGGGCUGAAGGAGGGUGAUCUCGUCCUUAAGAUAAAUGGAGUGUCAAGCCAGAACCUGUCCCUGAACGACACCCGAGACUUGAUUGAGAGGUCAGAGGGGACUCUGACCCUACUGGUACUCAGGGAUCAUCGGCAGUUCCUCGUAAACAUCCCCCCAGCAGUCAACAGCGACAGUGAGAGUUCUGGCCUGGAUGACAUCUCUGACAUUGGCUCUGAGCUCUCCCAGGCACCCCCAUCCCACGUGCCCCCACCACCUCGUGGCAAGCGGCGGGUUUCUGAUGCCAGCUGGACAGAGUCUCCUCCGGAGGAGUCAGUGGAACCAGGAUCCCCUCGGAUAUCAGGUACCCAGGAGGCCAUGAGAAAAAGCAGCUAUGACAUCUAUCGGGUCUCCGAUGGCCAAAGAGAAGAUUAUGGGUAUAGCCCAGAUACUCAGGUGGUCCGCUUCACCAAGGGUGCCAGCAUCGGGGUCCGUCUAGCUGGGGGCAAUGAUGUCGGCAUCUUCAUAGCAAGCGUACAAGAAGGGAGUCCAGCGGAUGCACAAGGAAUUCGGGAAGGAGACCAGAUCCUACAGGUGAAUGACCAGCCAUUCCAGGGCCUGACUAGGGAGGAAGCUUUCCAGUACUUGGUGGAGCUGCCCCGAGGAGAGGAAUUGGAGAUGCUUACUCAGAGCAAGCAAGAUAUCUUUAGGAAGAUGGUCAAGUCAGGCGUGGGUGACUCUUUCUAUGUUCGCACCCACUUUGAGCUGGAGCCAAGUCCACCCAAGGGCCUGGGCUUCACCCGAGGGGACGUCUUCCACGUUUUGGACACACUGUACUCUGACAAGGGAAGGGGUGGCAGCUGGCUGGCGGUUCGUAUGGGCCGAGACCUGACAGAGCAGGAACGGGGCAUUAUUCCCAACCAAAGCAGGGCUGAGCAGUUGGCAUCACUAGAGGCUGCCCAGCGGGCUGUGGGCUCAGGGCCUUUCUCUUCCUCAGCUACCACAGGGGCCCGAGCUGAGUUCUGGAAGCUUCGAGGCCUGCGGAAGGGUAUCAAGAAGUAUAUGCGCCAAAGCCGUGAGGACCUGUCUGCGCUGACAAAGCAGGGCAACUAUCCACCCUAUGAGCGGGUAGUGCUGAGGGAAGCCAGCUUCAAACGCCCUGUGGUUAUCAUGGGCCCUGUGGCUGAUGUUGCCAUGCAAAAGCUGUGUUCUGAGCUGCCUGACCAGUUUGAAGUUGCAGAGAGCGUCACAAGGACCGAGGGCCCUUCAAAGGUUGUCAAGCUGGACACAGUGCGGGUGAUUGCUGAGAAGAACAAGCACACUCUGCUGGAUGUGACGCCCUCUGCCGUGGAGCGCCUCAACUAUGUGCAGUACUACCCCAUAGUGGUGUUCUUUGCCCCUGAAAGCCGGACAGGGGUCAAAUCCCUACGCCAGUGGUUGGUACCCACCUCCCGGAAGAGUUCUCGGCGCCUCUAUGCCCAAGCCACCAAGCUGAGGAAGUACCACAGCCAUCUCUUCACAGCUACCAUUCAACUUCAGGGGAACAGCAAUGGCUGGUAUCAGGAGCUCAAAGACAUUAUCAAAACCCAGCAAUCCCAACCCAUCUGGACAGCUGAAGACCAGCUGGACAACACAACCGAGGAGAACCUCGACCUGCCCCACCAGGACUUUGAGGGGAGCAGUGCUUAUCUCAGCUGUGAUAGUCGUGUCAACAGUGACUAUGAGACAGACGGAGAGGGUAGCUUUUACACGGACAAUGACAUGGAUGAGGAACCCGCAGAGCCUGCACUGGCUCGUUCAUCAGAACCAGUAGAAGUAGAUGAAGUAGAGAAUCUGAGGGAAGAGGCAGUGCCAGCCUCCACAUACCCAAGAGCCCAGGCCAGGGAUCCACCUGCUCAGAGCCAGUGGAGACAAGACAGCAUGAGAACCUAUGAGCGAGAAGCCUUGAGAAAAAAAUUCACCCGAGCCCGGAAUUAUGAAUCGGAUGAGGAUGAAGGCUAUGACUGGGGGCCUGCCACUGACCUGUGACCCUGGGAGCUGUUGGUCAGCCCAACACCAAGGUCACCUCAGGGAAUGUGAAAGCUCCACCUACCUGCCCUACUCCAGCAGCUUCAAGGAGACUCACUCUGGCUUCUACCUCCUCAUUUGGGAAGGCCAUUUCUAGACCUGCCUAUUCCUAAUAAAGGAAAUUGGAUUUUUA